GUUUCAUCCGCGACACUCGGUUAGUAUAUUUUUUUACGCACAUGUUGUGCUCUGUUAUAUUAAUCUAUUGUAAAUCAAACCAUUUCAGUAAAAAGUGGUAUUCUAAACGAGUCACAUAGUAUAAACUGAGUAUACAGUAAUAUAUUGACUUGACGCUAAAAUCUAAUAAAGAUCUUGCAGUUGUAAACGAGCACUUUGGAAAAUACGUUUUAUAUAGUUACUGGGGCUUACUCUUUAUUGCGCUUAAAUAUGCGUAAUCUGCAAAUUUCAACUCAUGGAAACAAAAGUCGAAUAUGUCGACUGUGGAAACAUUAUCGUAUAUUACUAUGGAAGGACUACUUGAUACGUCGUCGAGGCUUUUGGCUCAUAGCAGCUGAGUCAUUCUUUGUCUUGAUAUUUGUUGUUGCUAUCGCUUUAAUUCGAAGGCGUCAUGCGAUUGAUACUAAAUCAUCAUGUUUCUUUCAAAGCCAAAGCAUGUCAAGUAUGGGAUUAUUGAACUAUAUCCAGUCACUAAUCUGUAAUUUUAACUACACAUGUAAUGAAAAAGAUCCUCGGAGUUUUGUUACGUUAAAUGGGCUCGCUCCCAUGAUUUACUUUCUUGAUAACUUAACGCAUGUCGCAGAUGAUCCUGUUUUCAAUAAAUGGUUAAAUGAACCAGAUACAUUUGAAACAGAAGAAUUCAUUGAUUGGAUAUCCCUUGGUUUAAAGUUAACACGCUUAAAAAAUUCUGCUAAUCAUCUAACAACAUGGAUAAAUGAUUAUCUUUUAAUCUUUAAAAAUAUUUCUAGUAUUCAAUCAUUAGAAUAUAUGUCACAAUUCAUUUGUGGUUCACCAGCAAAUGAAAAUGAUUUAGGUCGAUUUUUCAUUGCAUUAAAAGAAAAUAAAAUGGAACAAGAUACUUUCAAAUCAUCUAAUAAUAAUAAUAAUAAUAUACCUAUAGUUGAUCAUUUAAGAUCUCAAUUUAAUAAUCUUUUUGAUCUAUCAAAUGCUGACAAACUGUUCACUGAAAAAUCAUUACCACAUCUUAAUUUAUGUCCAAUUAUUAAACAUUUAUUAAAUUCAAAUCCAUUUCUUAUAACAAUGGGUCGUUUACGUUAUUUUCUAUUUGGUACUAUAGCAUAUUAUCCAUCUAAUCAAUUUACUGAUGAAAUUAUUUAUAAUAUGGGUAAAUAUACACGUUUAUUAAAUAAUAUUCGUCAAUUAAUGAAUCAUUAUUUUAAUAAAUUACGACCAUGGUUACUAAAUCUAUUAUUACGUAAUCAUAAUAAUAAUAAUAUUAAUAAUCAAAUAAAUUUAAUAAAAUUCAAAAAUCAAUUAAAACAAUGUAAAGAAAAUAAAUUUGGCAUUAUUCCAAAUGAAAUACAAUUAUUAUGUAAUUAUUUUUUAAAUUUUUUACAACAAAAUAAUAAUAAAAAAAUCAAUAAUAAUAAUAUUAAUAAUAAUGAUUAUUUUAAUUGGAAAUUAAUAAUCAAUAUUAUUGAUUUUUUUAUUAAUUUAUUCUAUGAUUUAUUAAAUAAUUGUAUACAAAUUGAUCAAAAAUUUAUACCAUUUCAUAAUUAUAAUGAUUUUUAUAAUUAUAUGAUAAAACAACAAAAUAAUUUAUUAUCAUCACCGACUGGUAUUAUAUUUAAUCAAAUACCGAAUUAUUUAAAUCAUACUACUGAUAUUACUACUAAUAAUAGUAGUAUGUUAGAUCAAAUUAUAAAUUCUCCUAAUAUAUUAUCUAUUACAUUACGUAAUAAUCCAUUAUUUAUAUAUGAAACAAAUAAUAUUAAUCAUUAUAUACGAUCAAAAUUAUCUAUCCCAAUGCCAAAUCGUGAUCCACAAAAUGAUAUGAAAUAUUUUACUAGUGGUUUUAUUGAUAUACAAGAACAAUUAAUUCAAUCAUUUUUAUAUAUUACAUCAUAUAAAUUUAAUAUAACUAAUAUAUAUAAUCAAUUAUUACAUAAUAUUGGUAUAGAAAUGAAAAUGUUUCCUACUGGUUCAUAUUAUUUUGAUUCAUUAUUAGUUAAUAUCAUAUUUUUAUUACCCCAAUUAAUGAUUCUUUGUUGGAUAAUAUCAAUUAUAUUAACUGUAAAAUAUAUGAUAGAUGAAAAAGAUAAUCGAUUAAUUGAUUAUUUAUCAAUAUUUGGUAUUGAUUUAUCAAUGAAUUGGUUAGCAUGGAUAACAAUAUCAUUUAUAAUAAUGUCUAUUUUAUCAUUAAUUAUUGUAUUUAUAUUAAAAUAUUGUAAUAUUAUACCAUUAAGUAAUAUUACAUUAAUAUAUUUUAUUUUAUUAAAUUAUAUAAUAUCAUGUCUUAUAUAUUGUAUCUUAUUUACAUUAUUAAAAGUACGUUCAACUAUUGCAUCUAUUCUAUCAGGUAUUAUUUAUUUUUUAUUAUUUAUGCCAGCAUCUGUAUUAUUAAGAUAUAAUGAAUUACCUAAUGAUUUAUCAUUAAUACCAUUUUGUAUAAUACCACAAGUAAGUUAUUCAUUAAUAUGGAUAUUUAUAAAUCGUUUAGAAUUACAAGGUACUGGUGUACAAUGGUCAAAUAUAUGGUAUAGAGAUAAUUUAAAUAGUAUAUUAUCAUUAGGUACUUCAUUAAUAUUCUUAUGGAUUGGUACAAUUCUAUUAUGUAUAUUAACAUUUUGGGGUAUACCAUUCAUAAUCAAAUAUUAUCAUAUAUUAAUGUAUAAAUUGGAAAAAAUUUCUAUUUUCAAUCAAUCAACAACAUCCAUAAAUGGAAUAAACAAAAAAAAAAGAAAAAAACGUAAAAUAAGUAGUGGUAGUUAUCAAUUAGAUAUAUCUGUGAAUACAUCACAAUUAUUAUUAGUCAAUUCAUUUCAAACAGAAAGACAAAAUUUAUUAAAUUCUACUAAUAAUCAUUAUCCAAUUAUGUUAUCACCAUCUGUAAUUGUUAAUAAUUUAACUAAAAUAUAUCAACCAUCAAAACGUAUAGCAUUAUGUAAUAUUAAUAUGAAUUUUUAUGAAGAUCAAAUUACUGUAAUAUUGGGACGUAAUGGUGCUGGGAAAACAACUUUACUUUCUAUUCUAGUUGGUAUAUUACAACCUACACAAGGUAAAAUUAUUAUGCAUGGUGAAGUAACCAAUAAACGUUUAGAUGUUUUACAUAAAGUAUUAGGAUAUUGUCCACAAUAUGAUAUAUUAUAUGAUACAUUAACAGUUGCUGAACAUAUACAUUUAUUUGGUACAUUAAAAGGAAUGAGUCGUAUAAGUAUCAAUCAAAAAUUAGAUGAUUAUUUACAUAAACUUGGAUUAAUUGAUAAACGUAAUGAAAAAACAUCUACACUCUCUGGUGGACAACGUAGAAAAUUAUCAUUAUUUUUAGCCUUUUUAGGCAAUUCAUCAGUAAUAUUACUUGAUGAACCAACAGCAUCAUUAGAUCCAUUUUCACGACGUGCUGUAUGGGAUUUAUUAAAAAUAUUACGUAAAGGACGUACAAUUAUAUUAAGUUCACAUCAUAUGUAUGAAAGUGAUUUAUUAGCUGAUCAAAUAUCAAUUAUAUCUGAAGGUAAAGUAUUAUGUUCCGGUUCUAGUUUAUCAUUAAAAUCAGCUUAUGGUUCAGGAUAUCAUUUAUCAUUAGAAAUUGAUUCAUCAAAUCUGAAUACUUCAUCUGAUCAUAAUGAUAAUACUAUGAAAUUAUUAAAAGCUAUACAACUCCAUGUCAAUGAUGCACGUCUAUUAAAUCAUAAUCUGAACAAAUUAAUUAUUUAUUUACCAACUUCUGAUGCAUUAAAUGGUAAAUUUACAACAUUAUUUCAACAAUUAGAUAAUAAUGAAUUUCAACAAUUAUAUCAUAUUAAACAUUAUGAAAUUACUAAUUCAUCAUUAGAAGAUGUAUUUCUUACAAUAACUAAUGAUAAUCAGAAAACAAUGAUAAAUAAUUUUAAUGAUUAUAAUCAUACUACUCAUAAUACUACUAAUAAUGAUAAUGUAGAAGAUUAUGAUAAUGAUCCUAUUGAAUAUAAUCAUCAUCAUCAUCAUCCUAACUUAAAAAAGAAACCAUCUCUUAUAAAUAUGAUGAAAGCUAUGGCUUAUAAACGUUAUAUUCAUUUAAAACGUAAUAAAUUAUCAUGGUUUAUUGAAUUUAUAUUACCAUGUUUAUUAUUAUUAAUUGGUAUUGGAUUUUUAGAAUAUUUUAAACCAAUUAAUAUCCAACCUAAAAUGGAUAUACAUCAUUGGAUUAUGAAAACUACUCAUAUCCGUAAUGGAUUUGUACAUUUCUAUACUACUAAUAAUAGUAACAUUCAUGAAGGAGAAGAAAAGGAGAAUUAUUCAUUUCAAUCUUAUUUAAAUACAAUAAAUAAUCCAUUUAGUUUAACUGGUAUUGGUUGUAUUUCAUCACUAUUAUAUAAAUUUCAACCAAAAAUAAAUUCAGAUUGUUUAAUACAAACAAAUGGUCAAUUCAAUUUAAACAAACAUGAUUACAACAAACAUUGUGAAUUAUAUUCAUUUAAUAAUAAAUAUCCAUGUUAUCCAUUAGCUACUAAUGAUAUACUACUUAAUUUAAGUAAUAUAGAUAUAUCAAAUUAUUUAUUAAAUCAUUCAAAAUUAUUAUUUAAAUCAAUGUAUGGUGGUAUUGAAUUAAAAUUUAAUGAAAAUUAUCAAUUAAAUAAACAAUUAUAUAAUUUAUUAUAUAAAUUAACUAAUUAUUCAAUUGAAUUAAAACAAUCUAAACUAUGGCAACAAUUUUUAAAUGAUGAUUUAAAUUUAAUUUUACCACCAUUGAAAAUAAUACGUAUAUGGUAUGAUAAUCGUGGUUAUAUAACACCGGUAGCUUAUUUAAAUUUAUUACAUAAUUAUCAAUAUCGUUUAUUAUUAUCAAAUAGUAUGAUCAAAUUAAAUAAACAAAACCAUUUAACAUUGAACAAUGAUUAUCAUAAUAGUAUGAUUAGUCCAACAAAUUCUGGUAUUAUAGUUGCUACCCAUCCAUUACCUUAUAUAGAUACAAUAGAAUAUAAUAAAAUUAAUGAUGAUAUUAAAGCAGAUUAUUUAUUAUCAUUAUUUCUUAUAUUAGCAUUAUCAUUUAUUCCAGCUAGUUUUAUUAGUUUACCUGUAUAUGAACGUAAUAAUAAUUCAAAACAUUUACAAUUAUUAUCUGGUUUAUUACCAUCAAUUUAUUGGUUUAUUAAUUAUCUAUAUGAUUAUGUAACUUAUUUAUUAUCAUCAACCUUAUGUAUUAUUAUUAUUAUUAUCCAUGGUAAAUCGGCUUAUAUACACUCGGAUACAAUAUAUCCAUUUAUAUUAACUAUCUAUUUAUAUGGUUUAGCAAUGAUAUCACUUAUAUAUUUGGCAAGUUUUUUAUUUAAAUCAUCUAGUACAGCAUUUGUAUUAAUGUGUGGUUUAAAUUUAGUUAUUAGUGUUAUGACAACAUUUGUACGAUUCUUUCUUGAAAUACUUACAAUGGAUAGUUUAAAUUAUCAAACAUCAUCAUCAUCAUCAUUAGCCUCCUCAACUACGACAACUUCAACAACUAGUCAAUUUAUUAAUAUAUGGUUACGUAUAUCACCGCAUUAUUGUUUAAGUGGUAGUUUUUUUACAAUAGCAUUAAGAGAUUUCUUUCAUAAACUUGGUAUACCAUAUAAAGAUAAUAUAUCAUUAUGGAAUAUAUUAAAAAUUGAUAUGGCUUGUUUAUUAUUACAUUCUAUAUUAUUAUUUAUUAUUGUAUUAUUAUUGGAAAAACAAUUUUAUAUUAUACAAAUAAUACAUUGGAAAAGAAAUAAAUUUAAAUGGUGGAAUGGUGUAGGUAAUACACAUGUUGGAAUACAUUAUACAGAUUUGGAAUCAAAUAUACAAAAAAUAGAAGAUUCAUCAUUAAAACCAAAAUAUGCAAUUAAUGUAAAAUCAGUAUGUAAACAUUAUUGGUCACAAAAAAAACCAACAGUAGAUCAAUUAAAUUUAACUAUUAAAUCAGGUGAAUGUUAUGGUUUACUUGGUGUAAAUGGUGCUGGUAAAUCAACUAUAUAUUCAAUGUUAACAGGUUAUUGUACAAUUACAAAUGGACAUAUUUAUUUAAAUGGUUAUGAUAUAACAUUAAAUAAAGAGAAAGCAUGUGAAAAUAUUGGUUAUUGUCCACAACAAGAUGCAUUAUGUGAAUUUAUGACACCAAAGGAAUUAUUAACAUUUUAUAGUUAUUUAAAAUAUCCUAAUUAUUAUAAUCAUAUAGAUCAAGUCAAUAAAAUAAUUCAAUUCAUUGGUUUACAAUCCUAUUCAGAUUGUAUCAUUGGAACAUUAUCAGGUGGUAAUAAACGUAAAUUAUCUACUGGUAUAGCAUUUAUUGGUAAACCAUCUAUUAUUUUAUUAGAUGAACCAUCAAAUGGUAUGGAUAUACAAGGUAAACAAUUAUUAUGGUAUAAUAUAAAACAAGCUAUGAAAUUUAAUUGUACUAUAUUAUUAAGUUCACAUUAUAUGGAAGAAUGUGAAUUAUUAUGUAAUCAUAUUGGUUUAUUAAUUAAUGGACAAAUUCGUUGUCAUGGUAGUCCAUUAGAAUUAAAACAAAAAUAUGGGAUAGGUUAUUAUAUGAAUAUACAAUUUAAUACAAAUAUAUUAAAUUAUACAAAUAAUUUACAUACUAUAUUAAAUAAUUAUUUACCUAAUUUUCAAUUACGUUAUCCAUUAUUAACAAGACAAGAAUAUUAUUACAAUAUUAAUAAUAAUCAUAAUAAACAACCCCUAUGGAAACUAUUUCAUGGAUUAAAUGAAUUAAAUAAAUAUAAUAUUAUUGAUAGUAUAUCAAUAAGACAUUCUACAUUAGAAGAUGUAUUUGUCAAUUAUAUUAAAAUGUAUGAAAAUAAUCAAUUGCCUAGUAACUGAAAAAAAACACACAACUAGUUUCCUUCUUCUUUUCUUUAUUUGUUUCUUUUUGUUGUUGAGAAAUUAUUACAAUUACAAAUGAUUAUGUAAUAAAGUGAAUGAGAGUCUUUCAAGUGAUUAAGAAACUAGUUUUCUUUUUUCUUAACUUUUUUCUUUACACUUUUUUUUCCCUUUUUUGUUGUUGUUGAAAUAAUUUAAUGGAUUAGAUCAAUUAAAUAAAUAUAAUUUCACUGAAAAUAUAUCCAUAAGACACUGUAUAUUAGAAGAUGUAUUUGUGAAUUAUAUUAAUGUGUAUGAAAAUAAUCAAUUGCUUAGUGAUUGAAAAAUUUUUUUUUCUUUUUUCUUUACUUUCUUUUUCCUUACUUUUUGUUGUUGUUGGAAACCUAUCAAAAUUACAAAUGAUUACGUAAUUAUGUGAAUGAUAGUCUUUCCACUGAUUAAGAAACUUUUCCAUUUACUUUAGUUCUCUCUCUACUUUUUUUCUUUAUCCUUUUUUUCCCUUUUUUGUUGUUGAAAUUAUUUAAUGGAUUAAAUCAAAUAAAUAAAUUGCCUAGUGAAUAAAAAACUUUUUUUUUUUUUCCUGUUGGAAACUGAAAUUACGAAUGAUUAUGUAAUAAAGUGAACGAUAGUCUUUCAGUGAUUAAGAGACAAGUUUCUUUUUUCUUUUUCCCUUUUAUCUUUUUUUGUUAUUGAAAUUAUUCAAUAGAUUAAAUGAAUUAAAUAAAUAUAAUAUUAUUGAUAGUAUAUCAAUAAGACAUUCUACAUUAGAAGAUGUAUUUGUCAAUUAUAUUAAAAUGUAUGAAAAUAAUCAAUUGCCUAGU